UCUAAUUUUCUCUCAAAAUUCUCUCUUUCUCUCACUAAAGCUCUCUUUAUCUCUUUCUUUCUCUUUUCAUCUUUGAAUUUCGGUUGAAGGGUUAUUUAAAAAGUUUGCUGGAGAGAGAAAUGGCACAACGUUCUCAUGUACCCAAGUUUGGCAAUUGGGAGAGUGAAGAGAAUGCUCUCUACACAGCUUAUUUUGAUAAGGCUCGUCAGGGUCGCACUGGAGGAAAGAUUGUAAAUCCGAAUGAUCCCCAAGAGAGCCCAGAGUUACAUCAUGAUCAUGUAGCUCCAACUAAAGCUCCUGCUGCUUCCAGAGCAAAACCCGAAGUGGAUGAACCAGUGGGAGGACAUGGACCUGCUAGAAGGGCACAUGAGCGUGGAAGGAGCAGGGAAGAGGUUGACCUCAGGCAAUAUGCUGACUCUCCCUCACAUCAUGACAAUGUCAACCGCAGAGCUUCUGGGGACUCUACACCUUCACGUUAUGGCCGUGGAGUAAGUUCUGGUGAAGCCCCAAAACGACCUACAAGAUCAAGUGUUGGAUCUGAAAACAGUAUAGACAAAUCCCCACUCCAUCACCAGGCACGGGUCACAGGUAGAGGAAGCAUGGCAUCACCUGCAUGGGAAGGAAAGACUUCAUAUGAUACUAGCCAUGGUACUCCUGGGAGAUCAAGAAUGAGGCCGAGUACUAGAGGCGAUGAAAGUCCAGAUAAAGGUGCUGCUGUACCAAAAUUUGGUGACUGGGAUGAGAAUAACCCGGCAUCAGCUGAUGGUUAUACUCACAUUUUUAAUAAGGUGCGAGAAGAGAGAAACAACGGGGGCAUGGUACCAGGCAUGCCGGGUGAGCGAUCUCCAUACCACACUGCUCGGGAUCGGAAGCCAACCAACAGCGGUUCUGAGAGUUGCUGCUUUCCAUGGUGUAGGAAAUGAGUCCUUUGAAUUUGUGGAUUUGUUAUAAGUUGUGUGGAAUAUUGUAAAUACAUUGAAGCCUCCUUCAAAGCAGAGUAAUUUCACUGGAGCGCGGUUAUUAUCUCUAUGUGUGUGUGCCUUUUUUUGUGAUGAUAAACAUAGUAUUCUGUUUGUUAAAACAUGUUUUUUUUCCCCUUUCUCUCAGUUAUCUU